CCUGCAAUCCAUAAACUUCGCAACCACCAUGCAACGAUUUUCCGCCCCGGUCGCCUCGGCGCUGCGCGCGUCUGCCCAGCGUUCAUUCUCUACGACGAGGACUCGCUCCGCGCCCGUCGUGGCGGUCACACCGCCGAGGAAACCCAUCGGCGCGUUUCGCGGGUCGGUCUUCGGCUUCCUCAUUGGUACCGUCCUCGCAGGUAGCGGACUAUACUACUACGUGGUCGACGAGUACAAGAUCUCGAAUCGCCUUCUGGUUGAGGACAUUUACGCACUGCAAUCCGCCGUGAGCAGGCUCGAGGGUCACAUCAAAUCAUUGGAGGAGGCGAUCCCAAAGAAGAAGUGAGCGUCGGUGUUCAGAUUGAGGGAGGAAAUGCCUAGUCAAUCCAGCGUAUGGUUGGCUUCGUACACAAGAGAAGAAUCCGUGACAUAACGGUAUCGAUUCCACCACACGGGCGUCAGGAGAACGGGAGGUAGGCUGGUCAAGGGAGCAACAAGAACCGACUGUUCGAACGAGCUGCGAAAGGCCCUGUGGGCAUGCAUGCAUGUCGGCUCCCAACCUUUCAUGCUGCCUGAGGUCGAGGAUUUCAUAUAUACCACUGUCUGUACAGUAAAAUGCAAAGUUGUGAAUG